AUGCGUGGAAUUCAGAUCAAGGAGUACGUCAAAGGUCCUCAAGACCUAACAGUCACGAACCUCCCAGACCCCGUACCCUCCUCAAGUCAAUACCUAAUCGCCAUCCACGCCUCCGCAACCAACUUUUUCGACCUCCUCCAAAUCCGCGGGAAAUACCAGCAUCAACCCCCACUACCAUGGGUCUCCGGCUCCGAAUUCGCAGGCACAAUUCUCUCCGUCCCUUCAGCUCUCAAAUCCCCCAAGUACAAAGUAGGAGACCGGGUAUUCGGUGCUUCACAAGGAGGAUACGCUACUAAAGUCUGCGCGCCAGAACCAGCGUUAUAUCCUGUACCAGAUGGAUGGAGCUUUUUCGAGGCGGCAGGCUUAUUCGUUACGGCGCCUACGAGCUACGGAGCUUUGGUGACUAGAGCGGGAGUGAAGGAGGGCGAUGUGGUACUAGUCCACGCAGCGGCUGGAGGUGUAGGCUUAGCUGCAGUACAAAUCGCGAAAGCAUUCGGGGCUACUGUAAUAGCUACGGCUGGAACGGCUCAUAAAUUAGAGGUUGCCAAGUCAUUCGGUGCGGAUCAUGGCAUCAAUUACAACGAGAAAGACUGGCCGCAACAAGUCAAGAAACUCACCCCAAAGGGCAGGGGUGUAGAUAUAGUUUUCGACCCUGUAGGUCUCAUCGACCUAAGCACAAAAUGUAUCCGCUGGAACGGACGACUCCUAGUCAUCGGCUUCGCAGCCGGCAACAUUGAAAAGCUCGCCCUCAACAAGGUUCUCCUUAAAAACAUCAGUAUCGUAGGAUUACACUGGGGAGCAUAUGCCACGAACGAGCCAGAAACGAUCCAGCCGGUCUGGGACGGCAUAUUCAAACUUAUCGCCGAGAAGAAGUUCCGGGGCACGGUAUUUACGGAUAAAGAGUUUGUCGGGUUGGAGAGCGUAGGAGAAGCGUUGCAAAGUCUAGGGAGUAGAGGGACGUGGGGAAAGGUGGUUGUCAAGGUUCCCCAGGAGAAGGAGAGUAAGUUGUAG